GUUGGGCCUUGGUUUCUUCUUGGAAUAUGGAAAUUAGUUUGAAGCAAAGGCAAGAAAGAACAGAACCCAAAUUCCCACUCUUUAGGGUUUUGAUUUGAUCACUGGAAAUUCCUCUCUCACAACAAUUUCGAAGUAAGCUAAUCCAAUUUCUUUGUGUAAUCAAUGGCUUCCAGCAAUAAUGCUCUUGGUGUUGAUAAUACCUUCAGAAAGAAAUUCGAUCGAGAAGAAUACUUACAACGCGCUCGAGAGCGUGACAAACAGGAAUCUGAAGGGCGAAGUAAAUCCAAAGCAAAAGGUCCCCCAGUGCAAAGGAAACCCUUGAAGCAUAGGGAUUAUGAAGUUGAUCUCGAGUCUCGUUUGGGUAAAACUCAGGUUGUUACUCCAAUAGCACCUUUAAGUCAGCAGGCUGGAUACUAUUGCUCAGUUUGCGAGUGUGUAGUAAAAGAUUCUGCAAACUACUUGGAUCACAUCAAUGGGAAGAAACAUCAAAGAGCUUUGGGUAUGUCCAUGCGGGUAGAACGGGCAACCCUUCAACAGGUUCAGGAGCGAUUUGAACAAUUAAAAAAGCGAAAAGCUCCUGACAGUUUCUCAGAACAAGAUCUUGAUGAACGGAUCAUCAAACAGCAGGAAGAAGAGGAAGAGCGAAAGCGACAACGACGAGAAAGAAAGAAAGAGAAAAAGAAAGAGAAAGCAGCAGAAGAGGAGCCUGAAAUUGAUCCUGAUGUGGCAGCUAUGAUGGGAUUCGGGGGUUUCCGUUCAUCCAAAAAAUGAUCAUGGUUUUUUUUUUGUAGCAUUACCUUCUUUGAAUGAUAGACAGCCUUUUGGAAAUUGACAUGUAAGUUUUUCCAAUGUUAUGUAUUGAUAAUUGAAAAAGUAAAGAAAAGUAAAAAUUACUUUGACAUGCUUCAUUCAUGAUUAAUGUGACGAUAUAAUUUGUUA